AUUUCCCAGAAUCUGCGCUACAAAGUUUAUUUUAAACAGGUGUGGCGCGAUCUGAAAAGCCGUACAAGUAUCAGGGUACGGGACAGGAUGAGGCAGCAAGCGUUAACCGGCAACCGGCCGGUUAAUCAAGAGCCCAUAACAGAGGUUGGGAGGCGAGUUAUGGCGCUCAUCGGCAGCGAGUACGUUGAGGGCAAUGGAAGAGUUGUCGAAAAUGUGCCUGUGGAAGAGAAUUUGCAAUUGCGUUUGGAGGAUGGAGACGAUAGUGUUGCCUCCGUACUAUCGACUACCACAGCAGCUGACGAUGGCGAGGUGAUGUGUGCGACACCCCGUGUUUCUGCUAAAAGGACUCCGCGUAGGAGUCUAAAAAGGAAGCGAGAAGAUGAGGAGAAGGAGAAGGAGAUGCAGGCCAAGUUCCUGGAAGUGUCCAGCAAGCAAGCAGAUGCUUUAAAACUGCUAGCUGAAUGUAGUGCCGCCAAUACAGAAACCAACAAAUUGAUGGUUGAGGCGUUUAACAGAUUGGUGGACGUCAUUAGCUCCUGGACUUAAUAUUUUUAUAUAUAUUUUUAAUUUAAGCUACAAUAGCAUUAACUAUUUUAACUUAUAGUAUAUAC